UAUAUCAUCAUAUACAGCCAACCUGGCAGCCUUCCUGACUGUAGAAAGAAUGGUAUCUCCAAUUGAAAAUGCGGAGGAUUUAUCAAAACAGAAUAAAAUACAAUAUGGUACCGUCGAAGAGGGUUCCACAAUGACAUUUUUCAAGCAAUCAAAAAUUCCUACCUAUCAGAGAAUGUGGUCAUUUAUGGAAAGUCAAGAGCCAAGUGUAUUUGUUAAGAACUCAGAUGAAGGGAUAAGUCGUGUGAAAGAAGGUAACUAUGCCUACCUAAUGGAAUCCACCAUGCUGGACUAUACCAUCCAACGUAACUGUGACCUCAUGCAAGUAGGAGGACUGCUAGAUAGUAAAGGAUAUGGUAUAGGAACGCCAGUAGGUUCCCCAUAUCGUGACCGAAUCUCAAUGGCAAUACUAAGUCUACAAGAGAAUGGAAAGAUCCAGCUUCUUUACAAUAAAUGGUGGAGGAACGCCGGGAGUUGCAACAGGGACGACAAGAAAAAAGAAUCCAAGGCCAGUGCGCUUGGGGUGGAGAAUGUCGGUGGCGUAUUUGUUGUUUUACUCGCUGGCUUGGCUCUAGCUGUUGUGGUUGCAAUAUUCGAGUUCAUGUGGGCUGCAAGAAAAAAGGCUCACAAGGAUAGACAAUCACUGUGCGGUGAGAUGGGUGACGAAUUGAGAUUUGCCGUCCGGUGUCAGAGUGGCACCAAACGUCCAGUCGUCAGACGCAAAUGUUCCCAAUGUUACGUUCACGCUCCGGAUCAUUUGGAGCACAUCCUCGAACCACCUCCCAAUAACGGGGUUCCUCAGCUCAUGCUACCACCUGAGACUAACCAUAAAUCAUCUCCAAGCAAUGAACUUAUAUUCAGAGGAUACGAGCCUCCGGUCUAUGAUUCCUAUAAUGACUAUAAUAGCAGAGAAUAUACUGAGACGAAUAACAAAAGGACAUGAGCAUUCAUAGUAAAGCCAUUAUAAGAUCCAAGUCCGACCAACUACAACUGACCCUAUUUUUAGUAUUUGUAGCAAGUUCUCAAUUGGUUGAAGGUGAAAUAAACUGCGAAUAAAAUGAACGAUAUGACGUUUGCUUUUUAAGCUAUCGUUAGGAAAAGCAAUAUAUUCACGAUCAAUUGAUAAUCAUUUUUCUUAUAUUUAUUUAUACUCAAUUAGAUGUGAAAUCAUUUUACCACUCUAAAAUGUGAAAACUAAGAAUUUCAUAAUGUCGAUUUGGCAUAUAAAAAUAUUGCUUCAAAAUGUUGAUAUCUGGCUGAUAAAAAUGUGGUUCGUGCCAAAUCCCCACAGUGAGCACUAUCAAUCUUCAUUAUCAGAUUGUUAUUCAGUUAUUAGACUGAAAGUGCGGUUUCUCAUUUGACUUCCGGUUUGGACUCUCGUUUUUGUUUGGUCAUAAUCACUGAGUUACUUAU